UGUGCAAAAUUUUUUCAUUUUUCGAAGCAAAGCGGCUUCUUUCUCACUCUGUUUGAAAGUUAAACUUUUAAACCACGCUUGCAGUUCAAACAAUCUGUAAACUAGAAAAAAAUCCAAAUCCCAAAUCCUUGUAUUGAAGGCAUUCAUUCUCGUCCCCUUUUUGUCUUAGAUCUUCUUCCAAUUUCCAUGGAGGUCUGGUUUUCCUCGUUAGCCAUUUUUGUACUUUUUCUUUGAGAAGCGGAACAAAUUUUCAAAAUUUGUGAGAUUCGGACUUUUCUAUGAACCGAAAAAGUUAGAGGAUGGAGUUCACUGAAGCUUACAAGCAGACUGGUCCUUGCUGUUUCUCUCCCAAUUCUCGCUACAUUGCCGUCGCCGUCGACUAUCGUCUCGUAAUUCGCGACACCAUUUCCUUCAAGGUUGUGCAGUUGUUUUCAUGCUUGGACAAGAUAAGCUAUAUUGAAUGGGCUCUUGAUUCUGAAUACAUUCUUUGUGGUCUCUAUAAAAGACCAAUGAUACAGGCUUGGUCAUUGACCCAACCUGAAUGGACAUGCAAGAUAGAUGAAGGUCCUGCCGGGAUUGCAUAUGCUAGGUGGAGCCCUGAUAGCCGCCACAUUCUUACAACAUCAGAUUUCCAACUGCGAUUGACAGUUUGGUCACUAGUGAACACUGCAUGUGUACAUGUGCAAUGGCCGAAACAUGCUUCAAAGGGGGUUUCAUUCACCCAAGAUGGAAAAUUUGCUGCAAUUUGCACUAGACGGGAUUGUAAAGACUAUAUUAAUUUGCUGUCCUGUCACACGUGGGAAAUAAUGGGUGUAUUUCCUGUUGACACACUGGAUUUGGCUGAUAUUGAAUGGUCACCAGAUGAUAGUGCAAUAGUGAUUUGGGAUUCACCUCUCGAGUACAAGGUUCUAAUAUACUCUCCUGAUGGGAGGUGCCUAUUUAAAUAUCAAGCAUAUGAAAGUGGACUUGGUGUAAAAAGUGUUUCAUGGUCCCCUUGUGGUCAGUUUCUAGCAGUCGGUAGUUAUGACCAGAUGUUGCGGGUUUUGAAUCAUCUGACUUGGAAGACUUUUGCUGAAUUUAUGCACGUAACUACUGUUCGAGGUCCAUGUUUUGCCGCUGUUUUUAAGGAAGUAGAUGAGCCACUGCAACUUGACAUGUCCGAGUUAUGUUUAAGUGAUGAUUUAAUACAAGGCAACAAUGAUGCUUCAGAUGGACACUUCAGAGUCAGGUACGAGUUCACUGAUGUUCCUGUUACUUUGCCUUCCCAGAAGCCUCCUGCAGACAAACCUAACCCCAAACAAGGAAUUGGUCUAAUGUCAUGGAGCAAAGACAGUCAGUAUAUCUGUACUCGCAAUGAUAGUAUGCCGAGUGUUCUGUGGAUAUGGGACAUAAGGCGUCUUGAACUCACUGCUAUUUUGGUGCAAAAAGAUCCAAUUCGUGCAGCAGCUUGGGAUCCAACCUGCACAAGGCUUGUGGUUUGCACCGGAAGUUCUCAUUUGUACAUGUGGACUCCCGCAGGUGCUUACUGUGUGAGUAUUCCGCUACCACAGUUUACCAUAACUGACCUGAAAUGGAAUUUGGAUGGGAGCUGUCUUCUCCUAAAAGACAAAGAGUCAUUUUGCUGUGCUGCCUGUCCUGUGCUUCCAGAAUCUAGUGAAUAUAGCUCGGAUGAUUGAGUUGUGUAAAAAGAGAAUGUAGAAUCAGAUCGAUUAAGUUAGUUCAUAUGGUCUCUCUGUAUGUUUUUCACCUGUUUUUGUAAUUGGGUGUAACCACACUUAUGUCUUGAUUGUUGUAGCUCAUUUGGGAACAUCUGUCAGUUUUGCUGUAUUAUCAAAUUAUAUCGCAUAGUGGCCUCAUUCUCAGUUUUGGCUUUCACAUAA